AUGUCUGGAUACAAGUUGUUCUACUUUCCAGGCCGCGGUGGAGCAGAAAAAUGCCGACUUGCAUUCGCGGCUGCAAAGAUUGAUUACGAAGACGUGCGAGUGCCAAGCGAAGAAUGGCCGAAAGAGAAAGCGUGUAAGUAAAUAUACAAGGGAACCAAAAUCUAUAAGCGACGUUUAUUCAGUAUCUUAAAUAGCUGUUUAAGACGGAAAGCGAUCAAAGCUUAAGGCAAAUACGUAUACAUGACACAUAUUCGACUGAUUUUCGAUCGGUAAGAUUUAAUGAUGUGGUCGUGUACAAAAUUGCUUAGUCACGAUGACUUAGAGUGCUUUUGAUACUACACGAACCUCCCUUGAAACUCGUUCGCUCUUUUUAAAUAACAUAUCAAAACGUAAAACCUCUAUUUUGACACGAUAAAAAUUAAAGCUAGAACGCUUGUGGGGUCGUGUAUACCACUACUACUCGCUUUUUAUGCUCCCGAUAGUCAAAAAGGACUUAGGAACAAAAUAAACAUAAUUUAAUAUGCAAACUUCAUGCUCAUUCAAGUAAAAAAACUAUGAAUAAUUCCAGCGGAAAUAAUUUUUAAACAUUUUUUAGAUAUUUAACACUUUUUGAUCAAAAUAUUAGCAUAGAAGGAAUCGUAGUUUUCUUUCGAAAAAUAAAGUCGCUAUGUAAGCGAAGGAUAGCCAGCUGAAAGGAACAGACUACAAGAGAAAUAUGACAGUCGCUUACAAUAACAUACCCAGUCCUUUCGCAGACGGGAAUGGCACUCGUUUCCAGCUCCAUCUGCAAAUUGGCGGCGGCGCUACAAAUCCCGUGGGUCUUUCCCCCGGGAAUCCCGCUACGUAAGGGCAAAAUCAAUCCAAUCCUCCCAUCCCGGGUUUAAAAUUAUCGAACAAAGUUGACAAAUCCCGCGUAUGCCAUAUUUAGAGUCCAGCUUGUAGCCUAAUAUCAUCACUCUUGAAAAAACCCUUAACACUACUUUUCUGUUUCAGCUGGCAGACCACCUCUUGGUCAAAUGCCCUUCAUUGUGACUCCUGAAGGAAAAACCCUGGCACAGUCUGGUACAAUUAUGAAGUACAUCUGCAAAAAAGGAGGUGAUUUAUUGAACGUAACUUGUUAAUCAGCUUGCUAAAUCAAAAGCCCAUAAUCCGAAGCGAGCAUUUCUCUCGUGGCUAUGCAACGACGUUUUCAUAGACCAGUUUAUUUUUAGAUCGAUUUUCCCGCAAAUUUUGAAGAUCAAAUUGGUCUUACAAAUCAGUCAUCGCGUUUACUUCUGUUUAUAAUUAUCGUGCUAUGGAUGCGCACGCAGAGAGAACGGCACAUCCUUUUUCGCGGGAAAAAGUGCUCAAAAUGAUGCUAUAUAUAACUUGUCUGUGAAAACGCUGUUGCGUAGGCCAAGUAUGGGAGUUGUACUCUCCAGAUUAUGGACUCUUGGCUAAAUACAAUAUCACAGGGCUCUGCAUGAGGCAAUACAAAAAAUAACAUCACCAUGGUGACUGACAGGAAAGGUUUUAUUAUGGUUGCGUUCGAUUGAGAAAUCCGGUUUUCGGAUUUUCCAAUCGAACGCCAGAUCCGAAAACGGAUUUCACUUCCGAGAAAUUUGUUCUCAUGGUGGAAUUCAAUUAAGAAAUUCAAAUCUAGAUUUCAUGCCUCCUUUUUACCGUUCGAUUAGGAAAUCCCAAAAAGCAUUAAUUUUGCAAAACUAUUCUCGCGAACACUGGUCUUCUCUUUGUCUCGGUAAUUGUUAUCAGCCUUGGUCUUCGGCUCGAGUGAUAACACUUACCUCGACCUUGAUUAUUCCGGAUAUCACAAAAACCUCAUCCAAUAACUGUUUAAUAUAAAUAUAUAAUUUAAUUUUUGUCUUCCUUCUCUUUUCUUAUCUUAAAGCAUUCAAACACAUGCCUUGAUAUUAAUUUUUAGGGUUCAGGCUUCUCGCUUCUCUUACAUACAUUACUGAUUUUGUGGGGAGGAGGGGUGGAGGUAUAGAGAGGGAGGGGAGGUAGGGGAUUGUCCCUCAUUGUAGCUUUGUUUUAAUUUUUACUUUUGGUAAUUAGGUUUGUCCCCAGCUGACGUUUUUGAUGAAGCGAUAGCGGAUAUGAUCAGUGAUGGAGUUACUGAUUUAUUUCCGCCAUUGAUCAAGAUGCACUUUGAGAAAGACGAAACGAAGAAGGUAAUGCAGAGCAAAUUUCCAAUGUUUCAGUAUUCCGCGUUAUCUGUCAGGCUUUACUCCAGACACCAGCCUUCAGCGACAGGCAUUUUUUAAUUAUUUUGCUUUGGGAAUUGGGACUACAUGUUAAUCAGCUGCAGUUAAGUAAACUUUAAAAUGUCUGGCUAAAAGUGAUUCAAAUAGUCGCAUUCGUUAGCCUCUGUAUGGGUAUUUGCGAGGAAAUUGAAGUCACGACGCUCCCAAUUGAUGAAACGACUAUCUUAGAGAUUAAAGCGACGAUCACAUCGGCAUUCCGAUUAAAUUAAACAGAGUUUGGUCGAUCGUUUCACGAGCUAAACGCGAGCCCGAGUCAACCACUAGCUACGAGGCAAGCAAGAGCCAACCUCGAGUCGAGCCCUUUUUUUUUUUCUUUCAAUUUUUUAGUUUCAUGGGCACAGAAAAGCAAUGAAGGGUUUGCAGAGAUAAUUUAACAGAAAAAUAUGUACUGAUAUGAUAAGUCAUUACCCGCUUCGUGACCACGGCAAAACGUUCUUUGAACAGAAUCAUUAGGUGAUCAAACUAUUGGACGAAGAACCGAGAGAAAUACCAACUGUGCACGGCUUCUUCCUUUGACUUGGAGGCGCCAUAUUAGAAUUUGCUACAGUUAGCCUAAUGUAACAGCUCAAGUGUAGAUUGAAACCUGAGUAUCUGGCCGUCCUUGUGGAAUGUGCGAAGAGGAAAUUUUACAGGAUGGGAAGGGGAAGAGAGAGAAGGAUUCUGUCCCCUUUUUGCUUCUCUCGCAUACCCCCCCGCCCCCUUCCCAGAAACCCUUGAAAAACCACCAGAUUUUAUGGAAAACGUGCGUCGAAAAUGACGUCUGCAGGAACCCACAGAGAGGCUCAUUCGUGUGGCUUGAAAAAGUGGGGAGCAUAGUAGGGGGCUUUAGCAAAGACAACGGCAACGGCAGCAAAAACGCCCGUUUUUUCAAAGUUUGUCACAAUUAUAUCAACUGGGUCAAAAUGUCAACUGAUGUUUUGCUUAUCAAACCUAUUGCCUUUUUACUUUUGGAAGUUCUCGUUGUCUUCGCGGUCGAUGUCGGCGUUGAUAAACUGAGCUCUCAGGUGUGUCAGUAUAGUUAGCUUCGACUUGUACUUUUUGGUUUUGCUUCAUGUACAAUUCCGUGGGUUUCACUCUUUGCUGCAUUUGUAUUUCCUAGAAUUUAGUCUUUACUGACCUAUAAUUUUUUUUUGCCUUAAUAAUAAAGGAGGAGCUUAAAAAGGAGUUUUUUGGAACGACGCUUCCUGCACGACUUGAGAAAUUUGAAGCCCUUCUCAAAAACAGGAAUGAAGGCAAGGACUUCUUUCUCGGCGAAAAGGUGAGAUAAGAGGAAUGCACAAAGCAUGGGAAGAGGAUUAGGCUUUGGAAUUCUAAUGAAUAAUUAUAUUAUGCGUUUAGUUACUGACCGCUGUCUAAGCCUUCAAGUGCGUUUACAUCCAAUUCAGCGUCGGCAGCUUGUUCUCCUAUAACCUGCGUAGCGGGCGCCGGUAAUUUAAGGCGAAGGCAGAAAUUUCGAGGACGCAUGCGCGCACGAGAGGAGAAAGGAGAGGAAGUCCCCUGCCCUUUGUGUUCCCCCGCGCGCUCUACAAAAAAACUAACAAAUAUCCCUUCUUGUUAGUAAAGAUACAGGUGUGUUCGGUAUAUCUAAACGUUUUGCAUAAAUUUAGUGCCUUUAUCAUGAAUGCCCUUUCCCUGCCUUCUCAGAAGGCCCAAAAAGUCCGGUUUUAAUAGGGGAAAGAGAUGCAUUGAUCAAAUGUGGAAUGUGACAGGAUAUGUGUUUGGACCUUAUACAGGACGUACCUUUUUCGCGCCUUUUUUUGGGACCACCCCGUCUCCCAGAUACACAACUAGCUGUUGCGGAUUAAUUCAAUUAAUUCUCGUCUUACGUUGUCGUUCUCUUGUCGAAGUUUGUUAGGCUUUUGUUGACAACAGGUUCUGAAGUACAGGCCCUUAACCAGGAUUUUAUGUGGGGGGGGGGGGGUGCUAACGAGGCCAAAGUGGACCAAACUACCGAAAAGUAUUUUUUAUUGUCUGAUCCGUUUAUUUAGGAAAGUAGCAAUACGUGAGAAAUUCACGCUCUUGACGGGGUACUUUACUGACUCAUGUAUCGAGAGACUAGCAAGAUUUAGCUGCAGCCUUCCUCUUUCUAUUUUCCUGUUCUCCCCUACCCAUAACGUAUUACACAAAUUAUGGUUAUGGUUAUUUUAGCAUACGAAUUGGAUUUUAGGGUUUAGGAGAGCUGCUACAAGACUGGCUCGCUGUAACUUGCCACACCCCCCAAGAAUGGCUACGCCAAGCGUAACGAUUUUUUUCUGUUUCCUUCCCGCAGCUGACGUAUGCCGACAUCAUUUUCUUUGACUUCUGUAACAGCUUUCUUUCCAAGGGUGAAAAAACUGUUCCUGAGCAACUAGAGAAGUUCCCGCCGUUGGUGCAGCUUUAUAACCGUGUGUUAAGCGUACCCGAAAUUAACGAGUGGGUAAACAAACGCCCGAAAACCGAGAUGUAAGCGUGUAACGUAGUUGAAUGACGUCAUCGCCGUCGGCUUGACGUCCACAAACGAAUAAAG